AUGGUGCGCACACCUAGCUACUUACCAGCCAAUCCGUGGAUCGAGCAGGCACAGAGACACGGCAUCCCUCUCUCCAAUUCAGGUAAACUGUUACAGGCCGCUAUGCCGAAGCGUAUGCGCGUGUCUACGAGUCAGAUCAUCGAUAGACUCUUAGCAACAGAUUCCGGUAGAGAUAAGAUCUUUAAAAUCAUUCAGUACUCCAUCAAACUGUACUUAUGGCGUAGUAAAAGCAAUCCAUACAUAAGCAGCCAGGCAAAAGAAUGGUUGCCGUACCUCAAGAACUGUGCAUCGGGGCUAUCAACGACGAGAAAGUGUCUUAUUCUCUUCGCAUGGAGGAGAGCCAUCCCAGAUCUCUACACGAUGCUCAGAGAACCCAAGCAGCCAUCACCAAAUUUGCUUGAAGGCGUUAGACGUCGACUCACGUUGUUUUCAGCAGUGAUACAAAUCCCCAACUCAAUCUCUGACGACUUGUACUGCGCAUCGCGUCUGGGUCUAGUCGGUACCAAGAUGGGCGCCGUUGCUGAGAAAUACGGUGCUAUGUUGUGGUGGACUGAUACGUUCCUCCAGCUCAACGUCAGUGCUAUCAGUGAAUCUCACAAUAGAGCUCAGCUUAAAAAGCUGCAAUCAAGGCAGGAAUAUUUGCAGCAAUGUCUUGAUGAUCUCACUCACGGUGACACCCUCAAGCCGGAAUAUGCAAUCAGUGACGAUACUCUAGGCGCAUUUUUGCGCACUGAUGCCGAUAUUCGUAAGGUUCAAACGGGUCAGUCGUGGGCGAGACUGUCUGCAUUCAAGUUGAUGUGUGACUUUGUUUUCGUUUCCUACGAUGUAUUCGGAUUUAAGAAAGGCAAGGAGGGCACACAAGCAAUUGUCGGACUCACAGCUGGUCUGCUCAGUUCAUUGAAGUUGUGGGACAAACACUACAAUAGUCUAGCCAAGCCACCUUCAAUGUGA